UUACGACUUGCAAGCUUAGAUAUUAAGUUAUUAAGAAGAUUUAUAAAGCAGAUUUGCAAAUAUUCUCGUUCGCCAUUUAACCGGUGGACACUAUCGUUCCGACAUUAACACUAAUAAAGAUUCCAAGAAAGCAAGUCAUUUUGAUUUUCCAGUAUAAAAAAACAAGGAAAAAAGAGGUGUAAGUGACAAUAGAUGAUAACGAAUAUACUGAAGUUCCCGAGGAUGCAGAAGAUGAUGAUGACCUGAAGGCGCCGCCCUUCCCAUGAUGAGGCUUCAGGAUCAUGUUCAUCCUUCUGUAUGUUAUGUGUAUGACGGCAGCGUCUGUGGGAGGCGGCCCUCAGGAGGUGGACGCCGCAUACCCUCUCUCGGGCGUGACCGAGCUGCCGCCCAUUAACUUCCUCCGCUUCAGGAGGGUCGGGGACACCCUGCUGGUGGAGGAGGAGCAGCCUUACUUCGACAGCUCCAUGUCGUCCACCUACACGGCCUACCUGGGCAAGACAGCGACCCUCACCUGCAUCGUCCACGCGUCCAGGACUGACAAGUCGGUGUCGUGGAUCCGAGGCCGCGACCUGCGCAUCCUGACGGUGGGCGGCUACACGUACACGACGGACCUGCGCUUCGAGGCCCUCCACCAGAAGGCCAGCUCGGAGUGGACGCUCAGGAUCAAGUCGGUGCAGCUGCGGGACCAGGGCAGCUACGAGUGCCAGAUCACCACCAAGCCCAUCAGGACCUUCAACGUCUUCCUCAAAGUCAUAGAGCCGACGGUGGAGGUGGUAGGCGCGCCGGACAUCUACGUCAACAUCGCCAGCAUGAUCAACCUCACCUGCAUCGUCCGCCAUGCACCGUACCCGCCGGAAGCCAUCACCUGGUUUCACGACAACCAGACGAUCAGCUACACUUCGAAGCGCGGGGGCGUGAGCGUGGUGGAGGAGCGCGGCGAGACCACCACCAGCAUCCUCCUCCUGCAGAACGCGAGGGCGUCCGACUCCGGCGCCUUCACCUGCCAGCCCGAGGGCAUGGAGUCCGCCCAGGUCACCCUCCACGUCCUGGAAGGCGAGCGGGGUCCGGCAGCCAUGCAGACCAACUCCAGCGCCUCCGUCAACCUGUUCUUCACGGUCGUCGUUGUGGUAGCUAGUUUAGUAUCGGUAAUAGUCUCAUGAAGUGGAGUUUGAUCUUCACCUCCAUUGCAGAUUGUGACUGCAUAUUUAAGGUAUUUUUUCAAUAUUUAUGCGUGUUUUUUGGUGUGUAAUGGCAGUAUUUUGUACAUUUGGAUUUUUUUUUUUUUUCGUAAAAUGUAUUGCACUGUCAGAUUAUACAUAAAGGUUAUGAUGAGGGUUUAAUUAUGAUCUCAUCUGCACGAUACUUGGUUAGGACAUCGCAUUACAAAGAGAAAUUAGAACGUCGAAAAAAAAGCCUUUUCAUUCUAGACAUAUUUACUAAUUAGAAAACUUGUUUUUAUUAUUAUUAUUAACAUAUCUGACAGCAAUGCCAUUUCGUUUUUCUUUCCUCUCUCUUCCAUUUUUCGUUUUCUUGACAUAAACAAUACGAAACGUGAAGCAUUUAUCCUGAGCAUGAAUAAUGGCAUGACUUUGAAUGAAUUUACGGUCAGUGAUGUGCCAAAACUUUUUAAUGUCUAGUUUAAUGAGGUAAAUGUGAAUUCACCAGCAUACCUAAAGCGGUGUUUACUUGUUUUCAAAGAUGGAUUCAAUACAAAAUUAUAUAAAAAAAAUAAGAAAAUACAUAAAGAUUCGUUGGCAUAAAAUUGUUAUUAAUUUCAUUAUUAGUAUAUUUGAA